CAUGUUAUCAAGUCACUCACUAACGCUACCGAUUUGCCAAAACGUUUUGUUCCGAAGUAUAUAGUUAUUGGAUCUGUUCCAAGGAGCAGUCCUGGAAUGUAUUCGCAUGCGCAGUAUGAGUUUGGUGGCCUUGUUAGGCCACCAAACCUGUACUGCGCAUGUGAAAACAGUCCAGGACUGCUCCUUGGAACAGACCCUAUUAUUUUAUAGGAAUUGGAAUUUAUUGUUUUUGAUGUCUCCCUAUUCUGUGUAUAGCUUAUGAUUUUUAUGUUUAUUUAUUUGUAUUUACCACGUGAUGUAAUAAGAUCCAUGCCGACAAUACGAUGGGAAUGAAAAAACAUGGGUCUAAGAAAGAAGCCCUUCCCAUUGAAAAUAGUAAAAAGGAGCCCCAGAGGCUAACUUGGAAAUCAAAGUAUGAACAAAUUUGUGCUACUCAUGUAACAAACGGUACUGAAGAAAAUGAUGGAAAGGAAGAAGAUGAAACUAGAAGUAACGCCCUUGAUGGACUUUCAGGAUACCUGAGCUCUGACAGCUCUAGCGGUGAAUCUGAACUUAAUGAAGAAGUUCAAAAUUUUUUGAAGGAAAUCGAUGUUUUAUAUGAAGAUGAUCGAAAGCAACAAUUAGCUAAUGAAGCUAUAGCUGCUCAACUUCAGGCUCAAGCUCAAGCUAUUAAUAAAAUUUCUUCCUCGGAUGCUACAAUGCAGCAGUAUGAUCAGUCGACUGCGCCAACUGUUGCAUGGCAAGAGUGCUAUGAUAGCAGUACAGGGUAUACAUAUUACUGGAAUAUGGAAACCAAUGAAGUUACUUGGGAUAUGCCUCCGGAAUAUCAAACAUAUAUGGAAGCUUUGAAACAGUGGCAGCAAUAUCAGGCUCAAGGAGUUGCAGCUUUGCUUCAAGCCAGAGUACAACAGCAGAUCCAACAACACCAAAUGCUUUUACAACAUGCUCAUGAUCAACAACAAAAUGUAACAAAGCAAGAAGCAGUUAAGAGCCAACAAGUUGGACAGAAAAAUAAAAAAAAGAUAGAAAAAAAGAGUGACUCAGAAGAUGAGAGAAUUGAAUUAAUAACUUCUUAUGGACCUUUCUCUGAUGAAGAAUCCUCAGAUACUGAAAAGAAAACGCCGAAAACAGCAAAAACUAAGAAGAGGAAAACUGAAGACAAUGAACCGAAUGCUAAACCAAUGGGACCGCAGUUGCCCAAAAACAAAAUUCGCAGAAUCAACAGGCCAUUACAACUACUGAAAAGCAGUUUGGUUCCAUAUCAUCCUGAGAAUGAAUCAGAUACCGAUGAACAAACGGAAACUUCAAAAAUCUCAAUACCAGAACCAUUACCUUCUCGUGUUGAAAAAGAUUCGCACGAUGCUCCUAGUCCAGCUCACAAUCCUGUUGUUGAAACAAAAAAGGAUGAAAUUGAAAGCAUUCCUAUUAAAGAGGAUGACGACGAUGAAAACAGUCUCCUCGAUCGCCUCAAGAGUCAAUCUCAAGUACUUAAAGAAUUAGGGGGAGAGAUCCCAGAAGAAGUUAAAAGUAUAAUUGUAGAUAAAAAUGAUAAGGAAGAAACAAAAUUGGAUGAUUCUAAAGUUAAGAAUACUCUAAAAGAAGAAAGUAAGAAUUUAAAAUUAAAACUAUCAGCAAGGGCUAAAAAGCUUAUAAAUAUAAGCUCAACUACUGCCAAAGCCAGAGCUACAGAAUUUGUUCAAACUCCUGAUGGGCUCAAGCCAGCAAUACAGAAGAAGGAUGAAGGUGAGACAGAAACUGUUGUGGAAGCAAAAAAACUCACAAGAUUAGGCAUACCUACAUCACUCCUUUCGAAUGAAAAUGGGAAAAGUACAGAGGUUAAACCUAGAGAAGAGGGAAGCAGAGGUGGUUUUGGUUUUGUGGCAGCAAAAGAAGAUCAAAAUAAAAUAAAAGCUGAAAGAAUCACCUUUGUCAAAGCCGAUACUUUUCAUCUUUCCGAAGAAGAUAACAAAGUAACUGAAGUUCAAGAAGAUGACGAAGAAAGUGAUACCGAUGUUAAAGAUGUUUCCGCUGUGCUUCAAGACAAAAUGCGAUAUCUAUCUGAAAGGAAGGAACCGGUCCCACCCGUUCAAAUUUGGACCAUUCAAUUGGAGACCCUCCUGAGUGCUUGGGAGAAUAAGAGCUUGAAGAAGAGCUAUCUUGAAGAUUGGCUGAAUAAAACUAGGAAGGAGCUUGAAGCCCUGGAGGGUACCGUAGCACCAGACGGCUGGAUAUGCGAGUGGCAGAGGGAGGAGAAACGGUACCGGUAUGUGAAGUCUUCUACUGGUGAGGUAAGCUGGGAAUUCCCUACGGCUGCUGGCGGAGGUGAAGAAGAAAUGGACCUUUCAACGACACCACCUCCUUUACCCGUUACGCCUCCCCCACCGCAGAUUUCAGUUCCGAGCCCUCCGUCUCCUCCUGAUAUUUCUACUCCAGAUGUUACGCCUCCAUCAGAAGAGGUACCACCACUGCCUGCUGAAGUACCGCCUCUUCCCCCACUACCACCUCCAGAGCCGCCGGCACCUCCUCCUCCUCCUCUCCCUCAUUCACCACCUCCUCUCCAUCCAUCACAACCUCUUCCCCCUGGCGUCGACCCAGCAGAACUACCCAUAAUGCCUCCUGUCACCACAGAGUUUCCAACAAUAAUUGCUCCUGUGUAUACUCCGUAUUAUCAACCAUUUCCUCAGCCUCAACAGAGUCAACCUCUUCCACCACCUCCUCCUCCUGCUGCGGUUGAUAAUGUUCCUCCACCUCCUUCUUCACAUGACCUCUCCUCUGAGUUGGAUAAUUUCUACAGUGACUUGGCGACUUUGGAGCCAGAACAACCACCCCUGCCUCCAGUUGAGCUGCCUCCUCCACCACCACCUACAGUUGUUCCUCCUGUAGAUGUCUCAGAUAAGGAGAAGAGUAAGAAGAAAAAAAAGACAAAACUAGCUCCAGGUCUCUCGCUCAAAAAGAAGGGCGUCUCCUCCUUGGUAGCCAAGUGGCAACAGGUUCAAGAAGAUGUUCGAAGGGAUAUGAAACAUGACUGAAAUUUAUUUAUAGUUUUGUACAUAAUUAUUUAUUAAUAAAUGUAAUUACCUGUACAUAUUGUGAAAUAAGUCUAUGGAUAAUAGUAACCAACAGUUAUAGACUGACAAUAAAUUUCAUUAAUUAAUUGAUUAUCAAAAUAAAAUUGAAGUAUGAUUAUAAUUUGUUUGCAUUGCUGCUAUGACUUUUCAGAUCAUCGAAAAUGUAUUUUGUUCAUUAUUAUAUUUUAUUUUUAUGAACAGCCCAUUAAUUGAAGUGUGGUAUUUUAUUAUAAAUUUGUAUAUAUAGCAAUUAAAUUUCUUUUAGAUUUUUA